ACCAGAGCAAAGCGUCUCUGAAGUUGCAUAGCAACCGCCACAAGACACAACGGGCUUCACGCUUUGAGUCACCUAAAUAUCAAAUAGCAACUUUUCUCUUCGUCCUCGCUUGACUUUAAACAAGAGAAGACCUGUGGAUAUGUGGAGGAACCGGACGGAGCUAAAAGCGCAAGGCUUCACCGUGAAAGCCACCAUGAAGAACUCCGUGGUGGUUGGCCCCCCGGCUGCGGGGGCUUUUCGGGAGCGACCUUCCAAACCAACCACCUUUCGCAAAUUCUAUGAGCGUGGAGAGUUCCCGAUGGCACUGGAGCAUGACACCAAAGGGAACCGCAUUGCAUGGAAGGUAGGCGUGCUGCCCUCUGGUGGUAAGAGACGGAUAUGGAGGCGAGAGAGGCAGCCAUGCAGCCAGAGGAAGUGCAUCUUUGUCAGCAGUAUGAAACUGAGCUUCUGCAAGCGAGGAUGUCAGUCAGAGGGCAAGGUGGAGAUUGAUAAACUGGACUACCACCACUACCUGCCUUUGUUCUUUGAUGGCUUAUGUGAGACCGUUCAUCCGUACGAGUUCUUCGCCCGCCAGGGAGUCCAUGACAUGCUGGAGCACGGAGGCCCCAAGAUCCAGCCUGUCAUUCCCCAGCUCAUCAUCCCCAUCAAGAAUGCCCUGAACACGAGGAACCGUCAGGUGAUCUGCACCACCCUGAAAGUCCUGCAGCAUCUGGUGAUGUCUGGAGACAUGGUGGGAGAGGCUCUGGUGCCCUACUACAGACAGAUCCUCCCCAUUCUCAACAUCUUCAAGAACAUGAACAGGUCAGAGCUGGACCUUAACAGCCAUCUCCAAAAUGGACCCUCGGGUGUCCUUUCACUCAGACAGAGCACUGGACCUCUGACCAGGAGAACAGACUCAUGACCCACAAGCUCAGCCUCUCUGGGGUCCAGGCCUCUAAAGAAAGAACUGCUCUAUUGUUGUAUGAGAAAAAAAUAUGCCUGUUUAACUCCAGGCGGGCAGCUGCCAUUCUCACCACUAACACAGUAAUGUGUCAUUUUGAAGUGCACAAUAAUGAGCAAUCACAUAGUAUCACCGUCCUUGAUGUACCCCUUUGUCUCCCAAAUCAUCUCUCUCUCUUUUGUUUGCUAUGUGCCUUUUGCAUAUCAGCUGUGUUUGUGUAUGUUUGUGUGUGUGUGUGUGUGUGUGUGUAGGUGUGAGACAAUGUUGAGGAUAGUGUAGGAAUUCCUCCAAUGCGAUUUGCACGGUUCUCUUGUUUGCUUGCUGUGAUGAAUCUUAUCCCUAAUGAAAUGCAACAACGUUCCUUAUGAAGGAGAGAUGUGCUCCCUCAUCCAGAAAAUUCUUCCUCUGAGCUCGGAGGAAGGAGGGAAGUCAUCUACUGUACGUCAUUCGAGUGAGAGAGAAAGUGAGUUUGUGGAGUUUUGUAAAGCGGCAGAGGAAGCUACACACGGGGAGAGAAAAUAUUCUGCGGCCGUGGAUACGGAUCGGAUCGGUGCCGACACCGACCUUGUUAAGGAGAUCGGGUAACGGACAGACAUGACCGAUCCACAUUAAACACAAUUUCUUUGUCAUUGUUAUUAUAAAAUGCAGUGUUUCUAAUACCAAUCACAUUCAUUCAGUCACGACUCACUGCUCGCCUUUUGCUUCCAUGUUUGCUUGCAUUAAUACAGCAUGUUACCAAUGAGUUCCACGCAGUGAGGUAUACAGAUUUAAAACACUGGUAUCGGAUCAGCACUUGGUAUCUUGGUAUCAGAGCUUAAAUUGAAGUAUUGGAAUUAGUAUCAGGGGACAAAAAGCCUGACAGAUGCAUCUCUAGUCAUGUUAGAGGCCAAUACUGAUCAAUACGUGAGAAUGAUAAAAGUCUGAUGACAAUAUAUCAGCUGAUAAUUUUUUUCUUUUACCGAUCUUAAACAAACAUUAGAUAAAUAUGUCUUAGUAAAGAUAUUUUACAGUUGAAUAAUAAA